GCUCGGACUCAGCUCAGGGACAGAGACCCUCUCCUUCCAUCUGUCUGUGUUUCUCUUCCUUUUCUCUCUCUGCCUCUGGCCCCAACCUCUCCUCCUCCAGAGCCCCCUCCCCAUAUGCUCACUCUCUGCCCUAAUGAGCUGGUCCCCAGAUGAAUGCAGUGGGUGGGAAGAGCCCCCGGGUGACAGACGUGCCCUCUGUGCCAGGCUGGUGGAGAAGCCCAGCAGUGGGUCUGCAGAACACCCAGAGUCUGGCCCGGGACCCAUCGUCACCCGCACGGCCUCAGGACCUGCCCUGGCCUUCUGGCAGGCAUUGCUGGCCGGGGACGUGGGCUCCGUCUCCCGCAUCCUCGCCGACUCCAGCGCUGGCCUGGCACCAGAUUCCAUCUUUGAUACCAGCGACCCAGAGCGAUGGAGGGAUUACCGCUUCAACAUUCGUGCUCUGAGACUCUGGUCUCUGACUUACGAAGAGGAGCUGACCACCCCACUGCACGUGGCAGCCAGCCGGGGCCACGCGGAUGUGGUGCAGCUGCUGCUGAGGCGGCGGGCAAAGCCAGACAGUGCCCCCGGGGGCCGCACCGCCCUGCAUGAGGCCUGUGCCGCAGGCCACACUGCCUGUGUCCAUGCGCUGCUGGUGGCAGGAGCCGACCCCGACAUCCCUGACCAGGAUGGGAAACACCCCUUGCACCUCUGCCAGGGGGUUGGCACCCUCGAGUGUGCAGAGCUGCUCCUGAGGUUUGGGGCGAAAGUGGAUGGUCGGUCCGAGGAGGAAGAGGAGACCCCUUUGCAUGUGGCCGCCCGGCUGGGUCAUGUGGAGCUGGCAGACCUACUUCUAAGACGGGGCGCGGACCCAGAUGCCCGAGACGCUGAAGGCUGGACACCGCUGCUGGCUGCCUGUGACACCCGCUGCACACCCGCCACUGACCCUGAGGCCACCGCAGCCCGCUGCCUCCAGCUGUGCCGCUUGCUGCUCUCAGCCGGUGCCGACCCCGAUGCUGCCGACCAGGACAGGCGGCGGCCCCUGCAUCUGGCCUGUCUCCGCGGCUAUGGGGCCAUCGUGGAACUGCUCCUGUCCUGUGGCGUCAGUGUCAACGCCAUGGACUAUGGGGGACACACAGCCCUGCACUGUGCUCUGCAGGGCCCACCCUUGGCCCUGGCCCAGAGCCCAGAGCAUGCAGUGCGAGCUCUGCUCAACCACGGUGCUGUCCGAAUCUGGCCUGGGGCUCUCCCCAAGGUGCUGGAACGCUGGUGUACGUCCCCGCGGACCAUCGAGGUCCUGAUGAACACCUACAGUGUCAUGAAGCUUCCUGAGGAGGCCGCGGGUCUGGUACCUCCUGAAAUUCUGCAGAAGCACCACCGAUUCUACUCCUCCCUCUUUGCCUUGGUGAGGCAGCCCCGAUCGCUGCAGCACCUGAGCCGCUGUGUGCUCCGAGCUCACCUAGAGGCCUGCCUGCCCCACGCCCUGCCCCGCCUUCCCCUGCCGCCCCGCCUGCUCCGCUACCUGCAGCUGGACUUUGAGGACGUGCUCUACUAGAUGAACGCUGCACUUGGAGAGAGCCUAAAAGCAAGUGCCCUGGACACCAGGGGCUCUGGCCUGCUUCUCACAGUGCACCAAGCCCAGGACUGAAUGGAACCAACUCCAGCCCAGGUGGCCCUCUCAGCCGGAGGUCCAUCUCCACGGGCAGAGUGGAUGCUGCCAUUCCCACCAGGGAGAGGCGGAUGGACCAUGUUUGUUGGAGAGAGAGCGAGGACUCAUGGCAAGUGAUACUCUUCUCUUGGGGAUCUCCCAGGAUCCCCUCUGGACAGUCUGAAUCCUGCAUGCACAUUAAAGUCUCCAGACCUGU